AUGAUCAGCACGUCCAAACCCCUGGCUUUCUCCAUCGAGCGAAUUAUGGCCAGGACUCCAGAACCAAAGUGUGCCCCCUACCCGAACCUACUGCAAGGAGCGGUGGCCAAAGGCGAACCAAAGCACGUGUUCCACCUGAACUCUUCGGUACCCUGCAUGAUCCCACUCUUGUCCUUGGCUUAUGAAAGCAGCUCGAAGGGUGGCCUGGCCGGCGCCGAGCACCGCAAGAGCCAACUGGAGACUUCCUACGACUGCAAUCACUUGGUGAACUGCGGCUUGUCAUCCAAGGCGGACGUGGCCAAUCUCUCGCCGCCACUGGAGCAGUACAGGCUCAUCCGGCCACGUGUGGUCAACCAAUCGUCCUUUCAUGCCAUGGGGGCUCUGUGUUACCUGAACUGCGGCGAUGGGCCAUGCCCUCCUCCGGCUGCCGCCACCAUCUUCAACAUGCACCCAAUGGCUUCCUACCUGCUGGGCUCCCCCCUCGGCGUGCUCGCCGAUAAGAACAAACUGGGGCUGUCCUCGGCGGAGAGGUAUCCGACGGCUUUCAAGGACCUCUCUUCGUCCCAGAUCCAGCACUGCGUGAAGGAGAACGCGCACUUUCUCUCGGAAAAACUGGCCCUGAAGCACUCCUCCAAACUCAACAGCAGCUCCCCAAACAGCAGACCCAAAGUCUUUACCUGUGAAGUGUGUGGAAAGGUUUUUAACGCACAUUAUAAUUUAACCCGUCACAUGCCAGUGCACACAGGAGCCAGGCCGUUCGUUUGCAAAGUGUGUGGCAAAGGGUUCCGUCAAGCCAGCACUCUGUGCCGACACAAGAUCAUUCACACCCAGGAAAAGCCUCACAAGUGCAAUCAGUGUGGCAAAGCGUUUAACAGAAGUUCCACACUCAAUACCCACACCAGAAUCCAUGCCGGCUACAAACCCUUUGUUUGCGAGUUCUGCGGGAAAGGAUUUCACCAAAAAGGUAACUACAAGAAUCACAAACUGACUCACAGCGGCGAGAAGCAGUUCAAGUGCAGCAUUUGCAACAAGGCUUUUCACCAGAUCUACAACCUCACCUUUCACAUGCACACCCACAACGACAAGAAACCCUUCACCUGCUCCACCUGUGGCAAGGGGUUCUGUCGGAACUUUGAUCUGAAAAAACACGUCAGGAAGUUACACGACAACGGCCCAGGAACUCGUCCAGUUGAACUUUUUUGUGGUUCUGGUGUGAGCGUCGGAGGCGAUCGCCCGGGCAGCGCACUCCAGCGGAAGGUGCAAGGAACAGCAGGAGACGGCGCUUCUCGGAAGGUCGAACGCAUCGGCUGGGGAAUCGCCUCCUCUGUUCUGCGCCAGCACCGAUCCCAUUGGGACCGGAGGAUAAGGAUUCAGCAGGCAAAGGGGAAGUUAAGUUACCUGUUUCAAUCAUUUCGCUACGUUCAGACUGAAAGAGACGGUGAUACCGACCCUUCUUCUCAAUGGCGUUACCACUUCAUUUUUGAAUUCGGUUUGACCCUCAGGUCGUCGGAGAAUGUAGGUUCACACCAGUCGGUGGCCCAGAGUGCCAAUCAGUGCCACCUUCUUCACCUACCUGCUGCUCACCAGUUGGAGCCUGAAAAAGUGGGGAUUGGAAAGGAGAAAGUUGCAGCAGAACAUUCGUGGAAGGGGCCAAGAAUGAACAGCAGACUCCAGCCAUCUGCAUCUUGUAAACUAGAGAACGUGAUAUGUGGAGGGGGAAAGGAGGAAAUGAGGACCAAGGAUAGAUACGAGUACAUCAUCAUCUUCAACCCUUCCUUACCACUGCAGGCCCUGGUCUCUGUGGUGGACACCUCAUAA